UUCACUUGCGCGAUUGUUCUUACGCUCCGUGUAGUAACGGUAGUGAACGGUAGUAACUAGUAACCACGCAAGUUGUUCGCGUUACGGCUACUGCCAAAGACAGCAUGCGAACGUUACAUUUGGAAUCGGCUUCGUAGGGACCGACAACGAUGACACUUGAAGGCAACGUCCUGAAUCCGUACUGGAACUGGUGUCACAACCAUCCUGUCGAGGCUCCUGCGCACACCACUAUUUCUUCGAACUUAGUCAAAGAAUGGGAAAAAUACCUGAACAGCUGCGGCGUUUUAACGCCGCCCGGCGAGCACAGAAUACUGUCCGAGCGGCUCUUGCUUCGCGAGACGCUGUGGAUGCUGCGCGGUACGAAAGAACUGUUCGCGUUUUCCUGGAAUGGAACGGAGUUCGUCGUCAAUGACAAUUUCAAGUUGACGCACCUGACACAAGCAGCAGUGAAGAACUCGCUGGAGGAAGUGUGCCGCUAUGCGUCCUACGUAGCACAUUUGCAGGACUUCAUUUCAGCGACUGCAGGUGUCGGAGAGGAGACUUCUGUGGUGUCGCUUACUUACCAAGCCUUUGCGAACUCUGUUGCGGAGCAACUGGUGCCAUACAACAGACUCCUUGUGGACAUUGAAAAAGUGCUCAUAGAGCAGAAGGAAACAUUUACGCUUAUGAUGCUGUUUAGGGACAUGCAUCCAUAUUUUGAGAGUGUAAGGCAUCUGCAUGACAUUUACAGUAGUGUUCUGCCCAGUGAUUCUACAACCAGCCCCGUGCAAAGCACAGUCAAGCUUCUCAGCGUUCUCGAGCGGGCCUUAGAAAGUGCCACAAUUUUAAACCAACACAGGUCACAAACAGUGAGCUUGUACCUGGAUACAUUGAAACCCUUCAUUGACUUCGUCGAUGAGCUAAGCAGCACUGGAAAGCUUACUGAUCCGUAUCAAGAGUUUCCUAUCAGACGCGCUCGCGACGUUACGUUUGAAGACCCAACGUACUGGAAGUCAUCUCUCUACAUAUGCGAUUCAGAUUACUUGAAUACCAUCAUGGGGCCCCAUUUACUGCCACUCACGUCUGCAGGCAAGUCGAUGGAGCACCUGAUGCAUGCAACACAGAGCAAGAACCCUGUCCAAAGGAGUAUGCCGGGUACACUAUACACAUCCAUUAUCAACAACAUACCUCAUUCUGCAAGCAAAGUUGAAAGCGAGGCAAACCAGGCCGCAACUUUGAGAAAUGUUGCAGAGAUAUUUGAGGAAAUCAAUCAGUGGACUAAGCAGAUUGGUUUCUUUGGCCUGAUUAAUGUGGCCUCCGAGCACAUGUCGAUCAAGAUGGAUAGUGUGACACGCAAUUUGACUUGCACAUUGUAUCAAGUUCAGCAAGCAAUCACAACUGCGGUGACGGAAAGAUGCCGUCAGAACAGUGCCAAGUUCCUCCAUUAUCUCCAAUCCGAGUGCGAGCUUUCCAAACAGAUUGACACUGUUCAUAGUCACUUUCUUAUGUUCGCUGGUGAAAUUAUGCACUUGUUUACCUCUGAGGUGUUCCUGAAGCUUUUGUCAGACACUCCAGAGACGUGGCAGAACUUGUCAUUCUUGAAUUUUGCCCUGCAGGAAGCACUGUCUUGUCACUGCCAACCUGUUCCUUUCUGUAAGAAGUUGAGCAUGAGACUGAAAGGGAGCUUUGCCAAAGUACCGCUGGAUGGUUUUGACAAUGUUGUCCUGCGCUAUGAUGUAGCGUGGCCAAUGUCAAUCGUGUUGACUGAAACCACCCUCGAUUUGUACAACCGGAUCUUCGUCUUCCUUUGCAAGGUGAAAUGUGCCAAGUUUGCUCUCGAAGAACUGCAUUUCCAGGAGCUCCACAAGAGCUAUGUCAAGGAGACAAUGACAAUGAAGCGGGUUGCUCGCUUUCUCCAGUUACUGAGAUUUCAAGUCCUCACUUUUCUCAACUCCUUCCAUGCAUGUCUUAUGCAAGAAGUCCUGCAUAGCAGUAAAUUAGCCUUUGACAAGGAACUAGAGAGUGCCACAGAUCUGGACACUGUCAUCAAGUGCCACGAAGGGUUCGUUGCCAAAGUGUUUCGUCAGUGCCUGCUGAGCGACCAAUUCAGUCAGCUGCGAGAACCGUUGCUCUCUUUUCUAAAGCUUUGCACCAAGUUACAUGUCCUCUGGAAUAGAGGUAUGGAGAAUAUACCUUGGUCUGAGGUCAAAAGCAUCCACGACGGCUUCAUAAGACACCAUGCUGCGUUCAAGAGCACAGCCAUAGCAUAUGUGAGGCGAGGGUAUGAAGACUCGUCGCAGUUAUUAACGUUUGGUCUUGAUACACCCUAUUUAUACGUUCUAACAACCAAGGAUUCCUAAUGUCGUUGGCAUUCGGUGCUUCCAGUAUAAUAAUUGUAAUUUACAUGUUUUGCUGUCUUCCUACAUAUUGUACAAGCAUUUAAUCCUGUGUUUAGUGUAAAUGACCUUCACUUUCCCAUUUGCUAAUAAAGACAUUUGGGAUGUUCCC